AGCAUCUACGCCUUGAAACAUGUGCGAAGAAGGCAAUCGGGACGAAUGAGGGAUGGAAAGCCAUCCUGCAAGCGAAAUCAUGUAUCUACAGCAUAACAGCGUAUAAGCCACAUGAGUUAAUGAGUUCGGCCAAUAGGCCCGAAUUGACCCCGACGUGCUUUUCCCGUAGGUUCCAAUGCAAACGAGCUUCUUGGCUGCCGCGGAGAUCUUCACCUCCUCCAACUCAACUCCAGCUCUCCCCUUCCUACUCCACUCCAGCUUCAACCCCCAAUCACCACUACCGUCACCAUGGUUUACGCCUUCACACUGCCCUCCACCUCCCAUCUUUCCUUCCAGACCUUCCUUACCUCCAGCACCCACCCUUCUCUCCCCCAAGCAGCCACCACCGCCCGCCAUGCUCUCCGACAAGCUCUCAAAGCACACAAGCGUUUACCCCGCGGUCCGCAACAGGACGCCCACCUGCAGACUCUCCUCACCACCAUAACCAGCUACCUCCCUUACCUCCUCGCUCUCUCCAGCGGUCUCAGCAGCAAACCUGGCGACACAUCUCCCACCGAAGACAUUGAAAUCACCCUCCGCACCGAGAUCACAUCCUCCUGGCGCCCGACCCUCACCAACCCCACCACCACGCUCUCCCUCAAGCAGCGGCCCACCACCACCCGCAUCCAAGGACAGGGUCUCGACCUUGAGAUAGCCUUUGUCCUCUCCACUCUCAGCUACGUGCUAAACUCCCUCGCCCGUAUCGGCGUCACCCGCACCCUCUACGCAUCCACGACCCCGACACCGGAACAGCGCACCGCCGCCAUCCAAACAGCCACCAAACACCUCCUCCAAGCCAGCGCCGUACACUCACUCCUCGCUUCCUCGCCCUCCUUCGCAACCGCAGCCCACUCCAUCUGCAACAACAACAGAAAUGGAACCUCUACCCUUCCGGACCUCGACCCCGCCACGCAAGCGGCCCUCUCCUGUCUCGCCCUCGCGGAAGCAACCCUCCUCGCUGUGUUGAAGGACGAUUCCUACGUCGCGGCCUGUAUUCAGGCGCGCAAUCCCAAUGACAAGGACUGGAUGGUCCGCGCGCCGGAGAUCCCCAAGGUCCGCGCGCACCUCUUCGCUAGAUUAUGUAUCCGGGCUGCGGAGUACGCGGAGCAAGCUGCUGCGGGGCUGGGAUCUGUCCGGUCAGAGGGGCGGAUGGGAAUUGAUGAUGAUCUGCUAGGGUAUACACGGGUGCUGGGACGGGUUGCGCGGGCGAGAGCCUGUCGGUUCUUCGGUGUGGAUGCGGAGUUGUCCGGGAAAAUAGGGGAGGGCAUUGCAUGGUUGAGAGCAGCGAAGGGGGCAUUGGGGGUCAGGGGAGCUGGGACAGGUGGAGCGGAAGCGAAGGAGACGAGUACGAAGAGCCGGACCGGGCUGUCGAGGCUGAAGCAGGGUUGGAUGGAGCGGCGGGAGGAGAGACGGAUGGAGAAGGAUGCGGGCAGUCGGGAUCGGACGGAGAAGGGCGAGCUCGGACCGGGGGAUAAUGCAGGUCGGGAGGAGGAGAGUCGAGUGAUUGAGAUGCUGGAGACGAAGUGGGUGCGAAUGAAUGAUACGAUUAAUACCCAGCUGAUUCCACCUUCUGCGGACCUGCUAGCAAACUUGCCCUCCGGUCGAGAUAUUCAUUCCGCGCCAGCGCCGUACAAGAUCCCCUCGCUGGAUGAGGAGCAGCUGGUGCGCAUGCGUGCGCCGCCGGCGGAGGACGACUUUGGACCGGGGAGUGAUGUCGAGGAUAGUGAUGAAGAGGCAGCCAGUGUAGCGCGUGUGUAUACGCCGGGAACAGUGCCGGAGCGGAGUGACAGUGCCUAUUAUUGAUUUUGAGCUUGUAUACAAAUACCAUACCAUAUGGUCUGCCUAUGCACACAUAGGUUCUACUCCGCAUACGCAGUACCAAUCAGACACAGCAAUCCACUCACACCUAGCAACCCGUAUAAACCCAGAGCUAGAGUCCAUAUCCACCCAUCUCAAAACAUAUUAUACAAUCACAACUCCCCACAACCCAAACCCAGAGAAAAGAGUAUGAAAAUAAAACACAAUGCAUAUAUUGUAUAUCACAUAACAUAACA